AUGUUUCCUAGCAUUGCCCAUGGAUCCUAUGAAGAUGUGAGUUCAAUUUUUUCCUUUACUACUGUGGUGCAGUAUAAAUGUGAUGAAGGAUAUGUUCUGGUUGGAGAAGAAAAAAUCACCUGCAGAAAUUCACAUUGGUCAUCUGAAGUUCCUCAGUGUAAAGCUCUGUGUCUGAAACCAGAGAUAAAAGAUGGAACUCUGUCUCUGGACCAGGAUCAGUAUGUUGAGCCUGAAAAUGUCACUGUCCAGUGUGACUCUGGCUAUAGUGUGGUCGGCUUUCCGAGUAUCAUCUGCUCAGAGAACAGAACCUGGUACCCAGAAGUGCCCAAGUGUGAGUGGGAAGUUCGCACGGGCUGUGAACAAGUACUCGCAGGCAGGAAACUCAUGCAGUGUCUCCCAAGUCCAGAGGAUGUAAAAAUGGCCCUGGAGGUGUAUAAACUGUCUCUGGAGAUUGAAAGAUUGGAGCUACAGACUUGA